UUCAUUCAUUCAUUGAUUGCUUAUCCAUCAGUCAACCGCUCGCCCGCCCUUAGAACAUCCGUCCUCAUACAGGAUUCUACUUGCGGUCUUUCAGGAGAAUACCGUUUGAGAGUUAGAGACAAUAACCGCUGCUUGUACAAGAUCGAUUAUUUCAAUCAGGCGUCCAGAUACGCAGUUGGGAUUCAUCUGACCGUCUUCAUUAAUCAAAGUACACCAAAAUAUUUGGUGGAUGCGUUAAUCACGCACUUUAUUCUUCAACAUGGCUGCUAACGACUAUUAUGGCGACUUUCGACCGCAGCCUGCUCACAGCCAACCCCCUUCCUACCAUGACGACGAAUAUAACCACCAAAGUCCAGUAGAUACUACACAUCAACUACAUGCCUUUCAGCCCACCACAUCACAAACACCCUACAGUUCAAAUCACAACAGCUACGGUCAUCAGCCCCAAUACAGUCAAAAUUCCUUCACCGAUGACGCCCCCUUCGUGGGCGGGAGAAACCAUCCCACUGACCAGUAUGGAGAAGACAUACCGUUGAAAUCAAAUGCUCAACCAGCGCAAGCUCCGGAUCCGCACUGGGUGAAUGAGAACACAAAUUAUGAUGCAGGGAUGCCGAUGGAUCCGGUAAUGGGCGCAAGGAAAAAGCGACGGCGGACUAGAAGGGGAGGGUUUUUUGGUAAAAGGACUCCCUGGGUUACAUGGCUAUUGACAGCAGUCGACAUUGGUGUCUUUGUUGGAGAGUUGAUCUACAGUGCCCAACUGACUGGCAGUCCCAUUGAAAUACACCCUAGCUUCAAUCCAAUGGUUGGACCCUCCCCCUAUGUGCAAAUCAAUAUGGGCUCUCGUUUUGUCGCUUGUAUGAAGAAUAUUCCCGGAGUGCAGGAUGCGAACGCGACAAUUACUUGGCCUUGUCCUAAUACAACUUCAUCUGACCCCAACACCGCUAUGAACCAGUGUACGCUGUCAGAACUGUGUGGGUUCGGCGGCGUGCCCAAUCCUAAACCAAAUGGUUCUCUAAACGACCAGCCAGAACCCAACCAAUGGUUCCGUUUCAUUGUACCAAUGUUUCUGCAUGCUGGUCUUGUUCAUAUCGGGUUCAAUAUGCUUAUGCAGAUGACUGUAGGAGCUGACAUGGAAAGGAGAAUUGGAUGGUGGCGCUACGCUCUGGUCUAUUUUUCAAGCGGUAUUUUUGGAUUUGUUAUGGGCGGCAACUACGCAGCGCAAGGUAUCUCUUCAACCGGCGCCUCGGGCGCACUCUUCGGACUGGUUGCAUUGACUCUUUUGGACCUGCUGUACACCUGGGGGGAGCGAAGAAGCCCCUGGGUUGAACUUAUUUUCCUUAUUAUCGAGAUUGCCGUGUCAUUCGUGUUAGGACUUCUCCCCGGCCUCGACAAUUUCUCUCAUAUCGGUGGCUUCAUCAUGGGGUUGGCCAUGGGUCUCUGCAUGAUGCGAUCUCCCAACUACAUUCGCGAACGAAUCGGCCUUCAACGCAGGCCAUAUGUUGUCAUGAGUGGCGGAGCUGGUCCCACCCCUGGUGACGGCGACAAUAAUAGUAACACCAUCAACAGCAAUAACAUUGAUAAUAAUAAACCUAGCCGUUCAGUAGCUACUGGGCGCUUGGUCGGCUUCUUUCGAGGAAGGAAACCGCUUUGGUGGGCGUGGUGGCUCGUUCGAGCUGGAGCUUUGGUGGCUGUCAUUAUUGGGUUUAUCUUCUUAGUGACGGAUUUUUACAAGUAUCCCAAAUCGACUUGUUCGUGGUGCUACCGAUUGAGUUGUCUGCCUAUCAAGAACUGGUGCAGUAUAGGCAACCUAGACCUAACGUCCACAUCGAGUCCCUCAUGAACUUCAAAGCCAGUUCCAUGUUCUUCAUACAUUUUCAGCAAAUAGCCGGUGAGGACCGAGCGCAUA